AUGUCGGGGGGCCGGCGGCGGCUCCGCGCGUGGCUGGUGGCGCAGGUGGAGAGCGGCCGCUUCGCGGGGCUCGAGUGGGACGACGGGGCGCGCGGCGCCGUGCGCAUCCCCUGGAAGCACGCGGGCAAGCACGACCACGGCCCGCGCGACGCCGCCUUCUUCCAGGCGUGGGCCGAGUACAAGGGCAAGCGCCGUCCCGGGGCGGCGCUGGACGCGGCGAGCUGCAAGACGCGGCUCCGCUGCGCCCUCAACAAGAGCCCCGAGUUCGUGGAGGUGCCCGAGCGGAGCCGCCUCGACGGGCCCCAGCCCUACAAGGUCUAUCGGCUGCUGCCCAGCCCCCCGCCCCGCGGUGAGUGA